GAGCUUCCACCCGAAGCGGCCCUGGAUCCUCACGAGCCUCCACAACGGCGUGAUCCAGCUGUGGGACUACCGCAUGUGCACCCUCAUCGACAAGUUCGACGAGCACGACGGGCCCGUUCGAGGCAUCGACUUCCACAAGCAGCAGCCCCUGUUUGUGUCUGGAGGCGACGAUUACAAAAUCAAGGUCUGGAAUUACAAGCUGCGCCGCUGUCUCUUCACCCUGCUGGGGCACUUGGAUUACAUUCGCACCACCUUCUUCCACCACGAAUAUCCCUGGAUCUUGAGUGCUUCUGACGAUCAGACGAUUCGUGUUUGGAAUUGGCAGUCCAGGACUUGUGUUUGCGUGCUGACAGGACACAACCACUACGUGAUGUGUGCCCAGUUUCACCCCUCUGAGGACCUCGUCGUGUCGGCCAGCUUGGAUCAGACUGUGCGCGUUUGGGAUAUUUCUGGCCUAAGGAAGAAGAACCUGUCCCCUGGAGCUGUGGAGUCGGAUGUCAGGGGAAUAACUGGGGUGGAUUUGUUUGGGACAACAGAUGCAGUUGUGAAGCACGUUCUUGAGGGCCAUGACCGUGGAGUGAACUGGGCUGCCUUUCACCCCACCAUGCCCCUUAUCGUGUCGGGAGCCGACGAUCGCCAAGUGAAGAUCUGGCGCAUGAACGAAUCGAAGGCCUGGGAGGUCGACACUUGCCGUGGACACUACAACAAUGUCUCGUGCGCCGUCUUCCACCCGCGCCAGGAGCUGAUCCUCAGCAAUUCCGAAGACAAGAGCAUCCGGGUCUGGGAUAUGUCGAAACGGACUGGUGUCCAGACGUUUCGCCGUGACCACGAUCGUUUCUGGGUAUUGGCUGCUCAUCCCAACCUCAACCUCUUUGCUGCAGGCCAUGACGGUGGGAUGAUUGUGUUCAAACUGGAGCGCGAGCGGCCUGCCUACGCCGUGCACGGGAACAUGCUCUAUUAUGUGAAGGACCGUUUCCUCCGCCAGCUCGAUUUCAACAGCUCCAAAGACGUGGCAGUCAUGCAGCUGCGAAGCGGUUCCAAGUUCCCUGUAUUCAACAUGUCGUAUAAUCCAGCUGAGAACGCUGUCCUCCUCUGCACGAGAGCCAGCAACUUAGAGAACAGCACUUACGACCUCUACACCAUUCCCAAGGAUGCAGAUUCCCAGAACCCUGAUGCCCCCGAAGGGAAGCGCUCCUCCGGGCUCACAGCUGUGUGGGUAGCUCGAAACCGCUUCGCAGUCCUGGACCGCAUGCAUUCGAUUCUAAUCAAAAACCUGAAGAAUGAGAUCACCAAGAAGGUGCAGGUGCCGAACUGCGAUGAGAUUUUCUAUGCUGGCACCGGGAACCUGCUGCUGAGAGAUGCAGACUCCAUCACCCUCUUUGACGUGCAGCAGAAGCGAACUCUGGCCUCGGUGAAGAUCUCCAAGGUGAAAUACGUCAUUUGGUCGGCUGACAUGUCCCACGUGGCUUUGCUGGCGAAGCACGCCAUCAUGAUCUGCAACAGAAAGCUGGAGUCGCUGUGUAAUAUCCAUGAAAAUAUCCGUGUCAAGAGCGGCGCCUGGGAUGAGAGUGGGGUUUUCAUCUAUACCACCAGUAACCACAUCAAAUACGCUGUCACUACUGGGGAUCACGGCAUCAUCCGCACCUUGGAUCUGCCUAUUUAUGUCACGCGGGUGAAGGGAAACAACGUGUACUGCUUGGACAGGGAAUGUCGUCCGCGGGUCCUCACCAUUGAUCCCACAGAAUUCAAGUUCAAACUGGCAUUGAUCAACAGAAAAUACGAUGAGGUGCUGCACAUGGUGAGGAAUGCUAAGCUCGUGGGCCAGUCCAUCAUUGCCUACCUGCAAAAAAAGGGCUACCCUGAGGUGGCCCUGCACUUUGUCAAGGAUGAGAAGACCCGGUUCAGCCUGGCGCUGGAAUGCGGCAACAUUGAGAUUGCUCUGGAAGCAGCCAAGGCUCUGGAUGACAAGAACUGCUGGGAGAAGCUGGGAGAAGUGGCCCUGCUGCAGGGAAAUCACCAGAUUGUGGAGAUGUGCUACCAGCGCACCAAGAAUUUUGAUAGACUCUCCUUCCUCUAUCUCAUCACUGGCAACCUGGAGAAGCUGCGCAAGAUGAUGAAGAUAGCUGAGAUCCGUAAAGAUAUGAGUGGCCACUACCAGAAUGCCUUGUAUCUAGGAGAUGUGUCAGAGAGGGUGAGGAUCCUGAAGAACUGUGGGCAAAAGUCCUUAGCCUAUCUCACAGCUGCAACCCAUGGUCUGGAUGAGGAAGCUGAAAGCCUGAAGGAAACAUUUGAUCCUGAAAAGGAAACGAUUCCAGACAUCGAUCCCAAUGCAAAAUUGCUGCAACCUCCAGCCCCUAUCAUGCCUCUGGACACCAACUGGCCAUUGCUGACUGUCUCCAAGGGAUUCUUUGAAGGAACAAUUGCUAGCAAAGGCAAAGGAGGUGCUUUGGCUGCAGAUAUUGAUAUUGACACUGUCGGCACUGAAGGCUGGGGUGAGGAUGCAGAGUUGCAGCUGGAUGAAGAUGGUUUUGUGGAUGCUGGAGAAGGCUUUGGAGAAGAAGGUGCAGGAAAAGGGCAGGAAGAAGGAGGUGGAUGGGAAGUUGAGGAAGAUUUGGACCUUCCCCCUGAACUGGAUGUACCUGCUGGUCCAGCAGGAGGAGCUGAGGAUGGUUUCUUCGUGCCACCCACCAAAGGCACCAGCCCUGCUCAGGUGUGGUGUAACAAUUCCCAGCUCCCUGUUGAUCACAUCCUGGCAGGCUCCUUCGAAACAGCAAUGAGACUCCUUCACGACCAGGUAGGAGUCACCAACUUCGGGCCCUACAAGCAGCUGUUCCUGCAGACCUUUGCCCGUGGCCGUACGACCUACCAAGCUCUGCCCUGUCUCCCCAGCAUGUACGGAUACCCACACCGCAACUGGAAGGACGCUGGCUUGAAGAACGCCCUCCCUGCUGUUGGGCUGAAACUCAACGACCUGAUCCAGCGCCUGCAGCUCUGCUACCAGCUCACGACGGCCGGCAAGUUCGAGGAGGCCGUGGAGAAGUUCCGCUCCAUCUUGCUCAGUGUGCCCUUGCUGGUGGUGGACAACAAGCAGGAGAUUGCUGAGGCCCAGCAGCUGAUAGCCAUUUGCCGGGAGUACAUUGUGGGGCUCUCGAUGGAGAUAGAGCGGAAGAAGCUGCCCAAGGAGACCCUGGAGCAGCAGAAGCGGAUCUGUGAGAUGGCUGCCUAUUUCACCCACUCCAACCUGCAGCCCGUCCACAUGAUCUUGGUGCUGCGCACUGCUCUCAACCUCUUUUUCAAACUCAAAAACUUCAAGACAGCUGCUACCUUUGCUCGUCGCCUGCUGGAACUGGGUCCAAAGCCGGAGGUGGCGCAGCAGACCCGCAAGAUCCUGUCCGCGUGCGAGAAGAAUCCCACUGACACCUACCAGCUCAACUAUGAUAUGCACAACCCCUUUGACAUCUGUGCUGCCUCUUACCGGCCCAUAUAUCGUGGCAAACCUGUGGAGAAGUGUCCGCUCAGUGGAGCCUGCUACUCUCCCGAGUUCCAGGGGCAGAUCUGCCGUGUCACCACGGUGACAGAGAUUGGCAAAGAUGUCCUCGGGCUGCGGAUCAGCCCGCUCCAGUUCCGCUAGGGCCCUGCCCCGUCCUGGGGAGGUGAGAGGAUCGGAGGGGAACGGUCCUGUUUCACAGUGCUAAAACAUUUACCUCCCAGCAUUCCAGCUCCUAGUCGAAUCUCCUCACCAUAGUUGUGCCCGUGCUCUCAUCU